AGACCAGGGUCCAGGUGAUCAGAUCCACAGACUGCUGCAGCCUUUCUCGGGGCUCAUCUGGGAUCCUCCAGAGGAUGGGUAAUAAGGCAUCUUCAGCAUACACCCCCAUGGAGUGCAUUCUCCGGCACUGGGAGUCCCUAGGCCUGCAGAGCUUGAGGAAAAAACGCCUGGUCUUUCUGUGCACUGAGGCAUGGACAGCAUACGUCCUGGAGGACGGAGAAGCCUGGCCCCCAGAGGGAAGCAUCAACUACAACACCAUCCGACAGUUAGACUCGUUCUGCCACAGAGCAGGGAAGUGGUCCGAGGUCGCCUAUGUCCAGGCGUUUUUUGCCCUCCGGAACAACCCACACCUCUGUCGACUGUGCAAGGUGGACUUGGCCCUUCUGACUGCCAUCACCACCGGGGCUCCCACCAGCCCUCCCUCCCCUCCUGAGCUUUCCCCGGCUCCCUCUUCUGAGCCCCCUGCUUCUCCAGGCCCCUCUCCCGGGAGACCCAACACCCAACCUGUAGCCUCCAUCCCAUUCCCCCAGGAGGUUCCCACAGGGCUCAGCAGCGCCGCUCACGGGCAGGUCCCCUUCUCCACAGCUCACCUUGGGCAGGUAAAGGGAAAGUUGGGAAGCUUUUCAGAUGACCCUGACAGCUAUAUUGGGGCCUUCGAGCAUUUGACCGCGGUCUAUUACCUCACCUGGAAGGAUGUGAUGGUAAUCCUAACACACACCCUAACCUGGGACCAGAAACAAGCUGCCUUCCAAGCGGCAGAAACCUUUGCCAAUGAGAUCUACAUGGUCUUUGGCUCGUUAUCUAAUCGGGGAGACCAAGACGAGCUGUAUCCUAUAGGGGUAAUGGCUGUCCCUCAGCAAGAGCCUUGCCCCGAAUGGAAAGCAGAGGACCCUAGGGGGGAGUGGAAACGGAAGUACUUCAUCGCCUGUCUGCUUCAGGGACUGAGAAGGAUCAAGAGCAAGCCUGUGAACUACUCCAGGCUGUGCAUGAUCCACCAGGACCGGUGGGAGAGUCCCCUUGCCUUUCUACAGAGGCUGAGGGAGGCCCUAGAGAAACACACCACCCUGUCCCCCGAUUCUGUAGAGGGACAGCUGAUGUUAAAGGACAAGUUUAUUACUCAGUCGGCCCCAGAUAUUAGAAGAAAGCUCCAAAAACAGGCUUUUGGACCAGAGAGUACCCUAGAAAAUCUCCUAAAUAUUGCCACUAAAGUCUUUUACAACCGGGACCAGGAAGAGAACAGACGAUGGGAGAGAAAGGCUAGGACAAAGGCCACAGCUCUGGCAGAGGCUGCAUAUGCACACCAAUCUAAGGGCUCCCAGGGGUCUCUGAAAUGCUACAGCUGUGGUCACACAGGACACUUCAAAAGGGAGUGCCCACAUUCCUUUGCCAGAAAAAGCCUCCAGGAUCCUGUCCUAUUUGCAGUGGGGAUCACUGGAAGGCAGGCUCAGGCCUCCCACUGCAGAUAACCCAAGAGGACCCCUGGGGCCGGGGCCAUGCCUACGCCUACGCCUACAGGCUCCCACUACCCAGAUCACCUGUAUUCGAGAGCCCCGGGCAGCCCGGCAGUAGAGGGGAGGAAGCAAUUUCCUCCUGGACACGAGCUGCCUUUUCUGCCCUUCUCUGUAACCCAGGUCUGUCCCCUCUUCCCUUAGCAUGGUGAGAGGUGUGCACUAGAAGAUAGAAACAAGGCCACAGCCACUUUUCCACUGCCUGAGACCCUCAACCAGCUCAGCCACUCCUGGCUAUUAGAGCCAUUGCUGACUCUGGACCCUGGCAUGGGGAAAUACCCACUCCUUGUACCAGCUGAUACAAGGCCCCCAGGCGGCAGGGUCCCAGCCCCAACAUUGCCUGGUUUUCGCUCCGUAAUAGGAAGGGGCAUGAUGGCUUUAGGGCUGUUGCAUCUUAGCAAAGAACCUGACCUGGUGGCCAGUCUGCCUCAGUGGCCCCCUUGAUUCCCGAAGCCAUCAAACUGACCUGGGUGGACACCUUCCCCUCAGAACCGAGGGCCUCUGAAGUGAAGGUGUUGGCGUCUGAGAAGAUUGCUUGAUUUUGCUCCCCAGAAGCCUACAAAGUGACAAUGACCUCUCUUUCCAGGCCACCUCUACUCAGGGUGUCUCUAAGGUGCUAGUUAUUCAGUAGCAUCUGUGUGGUGCCUGGAGUCCUCAGUCCUAGAAAAGACCAGUGACACCCUCCAGUGAUACCUCAAAAAAGUUUAUCUCAGGGAACCCACAGCCCCCAGACCUCCCUCUGACCCCUGGCUUUUCUAUGCACUAGAAACUGCCCCUCAGAACUUUUCCAGUCCUGAUUUCCUGCUAGAUGAGGGAUAAGACAGGCAGUUUUGGCAGACAGGACAGCUUUCAGCAACCCAGCCCUGAGAGCAGACUGCCUGUGCAGGAGAUCUGUGCUGGUGAAGUCUGCCCUGCCCCCAGCCCCCAGCCCAAAAGGAGCGUGGGAGGGACCCUAUCCCAUCAUGCUUUGUACUGCAGCAGCUAAAGGUGCCUGGACUAGAGUACUGGAUGUACCACUCUCAAAAAGCCUGGGCUUCCAAACCAACUUCAGACCCCAUCCCAGAGGAUGGCUGCAACACCUCCGAAGAGAACGGUGACUGCUCCUGGGAGGUGACUGAGGGACUCCAGCUAUUCAGAAGGGAAAAGGACCCCCUCGCAGUUCACGUAAGCACACCUGGCUGGAAGCUGGUUCCCCACGCUGUAGCUCAGUCACGGCACCACUGUGCUCACUAUUAGGACUGGACCGUGCUUUCUCUGUUGUUAACUGCUCCUGCCUCCCUGAACUGGCCCUGUGCUGUCACUCCUAACCUUAUGCUCACGGUUCAACAGGGAUAGGAAGCAACAGUGGAUGGGUUCAAUGGUCUUGCAGAACUAUUGGGGACAAGGCUGAGCAGGUUUGUAAGACUUGAGUCCUGGUCUACAGGUUAUCACAUAUGCAGGCCUUCCGUCCAGGACCCCUGGCAGGCCUCUGGAGGAAGAACCCUGACUGCUGUCCCCAGCAUCGCCAGCUUGAAGGAGCCAGAGCAGUCGUCGGCCCUGCUCCCUGACAGCGGUUACAGUCACCUCUUCAGACGGUAGCAGGGGCAGGGGUGCCCCUCCCCACUGUGGUGCUGAGACCUGGAGGCAGCCAGCUUCUGUGAUUGCAGACUUAGCUGUCAUCCAGUUCCCACAGCCAAGAACCGAUCAGAAGUCACUGCUGAGUGUCCCCUUUGCCUCUCCCAGACCAGUCAUGAAAACUUUCCUUUAUAGCCCAUAAAAACCUCGAUAGGAGCGCGUCUCCUAACAGCAACCCCCUUUGGGAGCAUCUCUUCAAUAAACUUUGCACAUGCAAUCAGCCUUCCUUGUCCAUGCUCUGCGUUCUUAGUGGUCGCAAGGCAUGAGCCCGGGUGUUCAGAGCCAUGGACUCCUGGAAUGCAAUAGCUGUGAAUCUGAGGGAGGGGAGGAAGUUGUCAGGAGCUCCGGCA